GUUUUGAUGCGAAUGGAAAAUUCAAGAUAGUACGAACUAAGACGACGUGCCGUCAAACAUACUCUUGAAAUAACCCCCAGCCCUAUAGAACAACCCUCACCAUCAGAAUGGCCAGAUUGGACACUAUUGCAGAGCCUCAAGAGGUUUACCCAACUAUUCUGGUCUUGGAUUUCGGCAGUCAACAUACCCACCUCAUUAUCCGUCGCCUCCGAGAGCUCAACGUCUACUCCGAACUACUCCCUUGCACCACGCGACUCGCCGAGCUCAGGUUCAAGCCUGCUGGAUUAAUCCUCAGCGGAGGUCCAUACUCCGUCUACGAUGACGGUGCGCCACAUUUUGAUCCAGCCUACCUACAUCUCGGCAUACCCAUACUCGGAAUAGGCUAUGGCCUCUCCGAGCUCGCGUACCGACUAGACCGUACCAACGUCGUGGCCGGGGUCCCCGGAGAGUACGCCCUGGCAGAGGUCACGGCACAGAUCACCAACGCUCGCUUCGACCCUCUCUUCCACUGCAUCGAAGGCCCCAUGAAGGCAUGGAUGUCUCACGGUGAUAGACUGGCCAAGCUCCCCGAAGGCUUUCACGCAAUAGCAACGACCGAGACCUCUGAGCCCGCGGCCAUCGCGCACGAUACGCACCCGAUAUACGGCGUCCAAUUCCACCCCGAGGUCCCACACACGCCGAAGGGUGCUCAGCUUAUAAGGAAUUUUGUUGUGAACAUAUGUGGUGUCAAUGCGAGCCGGGUUCCAGACAACUUCGUGGAGCAGGAGACUGGUCGGAAACGGAAGACAACAAAAGCUUCGAAUCGAGCACCGGCGACCGUCGGCAGUGGGAUGGACGCGAAAGUGGCAGCGAGAUUCAGCCACAGGUUCGCCGCGGUGCUGGCGGACUUUGGGUAUCUGAGGCACGAAGAGCGGGAACAAGUUGAGAGGGACCUGAACGUAGGUUCUCAUCAGGAUUGGUCGGUAUAUGAGGCGGCAGCGAUCUUACUCACACUGCGCAGGAGCACCUCAGGGUUAACCUGAGGAGUGUCGAUGCGUCCAAUGAGUUUUAUCCUGGUCUCAGGGGUGAGUUGGAGCCAGAGUUAGGGUGGAGGUUCGGCGGCGGCAUUCUGGUUGGUGCUGUCUGAGUCGGGAAACACUUUUGGCUGAGCGUCCCAUCGCGGGAGGCCAAAGCCUGCUUCAUUUCGCGAGUCGAAGAGCAAGAAGGGAAUAUGUAUCCCUUGCUUGGCCCAGAGAAGCCAUCUGCCUUCGCGUUUGGCUGAAUUCAACGGCAGGAAAGACGGGCGUGGUUUUCGCCGGGGACACCAACCCCCGAGUUCUUGAAGUCCAUGCCACAAGACUGUUCCUAUGGCUAAGUACCGCAGGACUAAGGCACCUAGAAUCUCUGUGUGGACUGCGAUUAUCAGUUGACAGCCCGGGUCACCCAACUGGCCCAAUCCGAAGAUCGCCAUCCGCGUUCAGGCGAUGCGAGGCCGUGGUGCGUCGAGAUGGCGCACCCAAGUUACCUUGUGCUCCUCAACCCCGUUUUGGAGGACGGCACGGAGAAGGACAUCUGCGGUGCCUGCAGCCUGAAGACACCUUGGACGAUGUAAUGGUGGGCAUCGAGACAAUUCGCGAGAGCAUAGACGGAUUAUGCUAGGAACGCCGUUAUACUGUCACCCAGCCGGCAACCUGAAUCGAUUCGAUUCAAGCAGGGGCGGGGUCAGAGUGCCUGGGUAGAAGAGCGAAGUAGCGUGGUCUAACGUCAUAGUGAAAGCCGUAUUGGGCUGAAUUACUUAACGACUCCUGAGCAACAUUUAUACGAGGUCCGUAGACACAAGGCGCGGACCAUCGAGAUUCCGUAUGGUCACGAGAGCCAUUGUUGUAAGCGGACAGCAAUGGUGUGCUGUGCUAUGCGAGGUCAACAGAACGUGGAGGUGAGGUGACCAUGGAGGUUGCAAGGUGUCUGAGCUGGAUUAGGUCAUCCUUCCCCUCCAUCACUAGCACUGCCAUGACAGGGAAAGCGCACUCUCCUGAUCGCGAAUCAGUCACCAGCGGAUCCGUCAUAACGAGCGUCAAUUGAUUGCGUUUAUUAAG